CCACAGCAUAUUCUCUUCUCUAUUGGUGGAUUCAGUGGUCAAGCACCUUCUUCUGCCAUAGAUGUUUAUGAUAUCAGGAGCAACAGAUGGAGACGAGUAGAUUUUUCUCUGCCUGUUGGUAUUGCAUAUCCAUCUGCAGAGGUUCAUAAAGAUAAGAUAUAUUUGGUUGGAGGUGUAAUGCAACCAAACCAUCAACAACCCCAAGAGUUUUCCAAUUUAUGCUUCUCAGUUAAUAUUGGAUCUAAGAGAGUUGAACCAUAUCCUGGAAUGCUAGAGAAACGAAAUUUUGUUACAUCUGCAGUAGUAAACAACACUUUGUAUGCACUAGGAGGCAAGCCUGAUCCAGGGGUUCAGAUAAGGCUAAACUCCUGUGAGCAACUGAAACUUAAAGAUGAUCAACCGAAAUGGAAACAUAUUUCUCCCAUGGUACAUUCAAGGUCAGAUGCGGGUACAGCUGUACUUAAUGACAAGAUAUAUGUUAUUGGAGGGUUCAGUGGAGAAACUAGUUUACGAAGUGUAGAGGUCUACAAUACAAACACUAAUGCAUGGAGUACAGCACCCCCACUUAAUAUAAAAAGAACUGGAGUAUCCUGUGUAGAACUAGGUGGGAGAAUAUAUGCUCUGGGUGGGAAUGAUGGUGGAGAAAGACUGUCCUCUGUUGAAAGAUAUUCUCCGCUGAAUAACAGAUGGGAGCUGAUGUCACCAAUGCUAUGUUCUCGGAGUAAUUUUGGUGUUGGUGUAGUAGAAGGGAAGAUUAUAGUGUUUGGUGGAUAUGACGGGAAUCAUGUCACACGAACCAUUGAGAUAUAUCAUCCGGAUCUAGAUGAAUGGAGAGAAGGUUGUCCAAUGCUGUAUCCUACAUCAGGCAUGGCAACAGCUGUAGUUCAGACUUCAAAUAUUUCAAGCUUUUUACAGGAGGAUUACUGCUAUGAUAGAAAACAUGAACUACUGAUGGAAAACAGGAAUAAAACAUCCACGGAUAGAGAUGUUCUUUUCUAUGAGGAUAUCGACAGUGAAGAUUAUGCCGAGGAAGAGGAAGAGGACCUUUUUUAUGAAACUGAUCAUGAAGAUAAUGAUGAUGAUGAGGAUAUAGUUAUUGAGUAUGAAUACUAAUUUAUCUGUAACCACAAUAUUUAGUCGAUCUUAGAUUUAUCAAUCUUUUGCUUGAAGCUAAAUUUGCAGUUUAUUUUUUAAGUGAUAAUAUUAAAUAAAUUAUCUUAAUAAUCGUCGGAUUUUAUAAACCAUUUUUGUUAUUUGAUAUUAAAAUACCAUUUAACAUUUUUAUCAAAAAAAUUGUAGCGUAGCAUUUGUCUAGAAAGUUUAAGGAAUGUCGUGAAUAACCUUUGUUGUAU